AUGGAUGCCACAGAAUCCCCCGGGCCUGACACAAUCGACAUCAUCAGCACCGCAGGGACAUGGCUUGCUGUGUUCCUCGCCCUCGUCGCUCUUGUCGGCAUCCUUGGCCCCUGGUUGGCGAUCAGAGCAGCAUUCAGCGAUAAGAACCGUGCUCUCAACGCCGUGUAUGAUAUGCAUGGGGAUUAUGUUACACGUGGAAUCGUAAUUUCGGGGAAUUUGCGUUUAUUCCGACAGACGAAGAUCCCUGACCUUGCACCCAAGUUUAACACCAAUACACCGGAGAUUCCAAAACUGAUCAGCGAAGAUAACGCGGGCAGGCUUUUGGAAUUCAGACAGCCACAUUACAACUCCUGGAAUACAGGCUGGUCCAAGUUAUGUGCAUUAAUUCAGGCCCAACAAGUGGUGGAAACAGAAAACCAUGAACCUACAACCAAUCACCCUACAGAAACCAACAUUAACAUCGACGAACAAGCACGGGGGCCAGGAUGGUCCUGGCGCAGGAUACUUCGUCGUGAGGAAGCGGAUGGUGAUAUUGAAGAUGCCAACGGCGAAGAAAAUGCACUACAAAACAAUCCUAGGACAGUACCCUCGGCUGAGCCCGUGCCACAGCCCAAUUCUGAUAAACUAGGAGUCGUACCGGAAACAUUCAAGGACAUGAGCUCUCUCGGCGGCACCUUGGACAUUGUCGAAUCCCGCACCGCCGUGGCAGCGAGCAGAUACUGGAUCCUUCUAUUGGGUUUACUCGGAAAGUACUCCAGUCCGGCCCACCGAGGGGCCGCAAGCCGUCUGAUUCUAGGCGACUUUCCUGGCGAACGACUAUCGAAUUACGCGGCUAGCCAAGGCGAUGACACCGCCAGUGAGGUCACGGAGACGGACAACCAAUCCUGGGAGACUCACGUUUCGCGUGGUCCGUACCAGGGGACUAGGGGUCCAAGUCAUGGCGAAAGAUAUCGAGCCUAUCUCAGUAGCCACGGUACGUGGGAGCUAUCAAGCGCCCCGGCUAGAUCGAUAGAAGGAUACACGGGAUCUUUCCGCGACCUCGGCCGACACAGAGGUAGCUUUGUCAACCAAAGUACAGUCACCUUUUCACCUAAGACAGUGAGCGAGAGCAGGGAAAGGGGAUCUUCCAGACUCAAAAAACAGGUAUCCUCGAUCGUGGUGCAGUUUUGGCUCGCCCACGGCUUCCUUCCGUCAAAUACCAAAUCCGGGCAACCUGACGAGGUUAUUUCCUUACAAGAUCCCGUUCAAGAUGGUAUGAACCCCGGAUUGAACGAGCUAUUUACAGGAGAGGGGAAAGACCAGCGGACGAAAAGCUAUCUCAGUCUGGCUGAAACGGCCAACGUACCUCUCUCUAUCAAGAAGUCUUCCAUCGCGCUCGGGGUGCCUUCAUGCACGACGAAACAAUGGAUAGCACAUGACGAGCCCACUUUGACCACUUUUGACGAGUGGACACAGGUCAAGAUCAAAGAAAAAACCAUGAAUGUUCUAAGGAGUGAUCUAUUCGUAAUAAUUAACCGGCUGCUGAUGAUCACUUGGGAUGAUUGGGGGUACUUGAUAUGGAAGUCAAAGUCAGAAUCCAACAUUUGGACCAAUGUUCUCGAACCUGUCGCGUCCGACACUUUCAAAAAUGGCCGGUUGAUCCGGCCCUUCCUGUGGGAACAUUGUACAGAAGGGGAAAUCAACACAACAACAGAAGGCCAUCGGAUUAUCCCCGACCACAGUGCGCUCGACUGGAGGGUAAAUGCGAAGUUUUAUGCCCCUAAAACGGCGGAUUAUGUCCAAUUCGAAGUCGCAGUAGAGACUUGGAUCAACAACAAGGAAGCAAAGCUUCCUAUCGCCUUCUUAUUCAUCAAUGAUCAGAGCUUCCGGAAAUCUAUCCUCGAAAUGCUCAGCCAUACUCCGAUUCCGACAUUAGCCAGAGAUCAGCCUUCCGACCAAGAGCCUGAUCCCUCAGACCCGGUACGGGACCAAACUACUCAACUCAAUCCCACUGCGGCAUGGGUUGAAGAUGUGGCGCAAGCUUCUAGUGCAUCCGAAGGAGGGAGGGCUUCGUCCCAAAGCGCUGAUUGGUCAUGCAGAAGGUCAUCAUCUAUCGAAGGACCAGAAUUUGAGGAGGACGACCCUAGGCUCACCCUGGCCGGACCCCAGACUGAAGAAGACCGGCAGCCGGCAGAACAGCCCCCACAACCUCUCUACCACUUGGGAAGAGGAGUCACAAAAUUCAAGUACUGUAGGACUCGAAAUCUUAUCAAGUGGAAAUCCGUCGCGGCGAAUGGGACAGAAGCAGAUAAACAAGCGUCCCUUCCGUCUGAAUCGUCUCUGGAUAUCAACAACCAACCAUCUGGAGACCCCUCUGGGGGCGCAGGGGACGAUGGCCACGAAGUUGACAUCUCAGAUACGGAUGUGAUUUUCAUUGCUCUCUGGGCGGCAACACGGUGUGCAAUUUGGAUGUCUUCGGAGGACUCCAUCCCACUCAUCAAAUUUGUCAAUAAUCUUGAUCGCUAUGUUUGGGUGAUCUGA